AUGAUGAUUAUUAGAAGCCUCUUUAGUGUUUAUGUCAACAUCAUUGACAAUGUCAUUACAUCUAUAAAAUGGUGUAGUUGCUAUCACGGGGAUACAGAUAUUUUGGCCCAUCUUAGACCCGGUGUCGCUGAAUCGAUUAAAGGAAAUUGUUCAGAAUUUGAUGAAAUAAACGACUUAGUUGAAUUUAAGAAAUGGAUCGAAAGAAAAGUCAAGUCUAAACGUAAUGCUGCGAUUGUUUCGAAGUCGCUUUCCAAGUCAAUCUUUGUGACUUCCAACAAGCAAGGUUAUUCCAGCAUUUCGAAAAACAAGAAAAGACAAGAGCCGCCGAAUAAUAACCGUUCGCAUGGAUCUGAUCAUCAGAAGAAGGAUCAAUCUAACAAAGGCAAGAAGAAUGAGAGGAAGGAGAAUAUGAAUAAUGUCAAAUUGAGCGAUGAAUCUACUAAUAUCUCCGAGUUACAAGUCCUAGGCAGCGUGCCAAUGGAUAGCAUUCGAGAUUUUAUCUUAAUUGAUAAUGGCGCUGCCAUUAGUCUCACAGGUCAUAGGGAAUGGCUACAUGAUUACAUGCCUUUCCGCAAGGACGAUAAAGUUUUCUCUGUUGGUUAUGACGAUAGUCAAAAGAAAUUGGAAGGUUCCGGUAGGAUAAUCUUUAAUUACAUGGGAAAUGUUCUUACACUCUACCUACACUAUUAUGAGGGUGCUCCUACUAUCUUUUCAGAAGACGAUAUCAACCGUUGCCCUGAAUGCCGAAUUCAGACCUACUUUCACGAUUUUGGUACCAAAUCUCAGACUUAUUCAAAGGUUCUCAAUGUUGGAGAUGAAUGUAUUCAGUUAGUUCAAUCUAUUAAUCAUGGGACGAUUACUGCUUCGAAAAAGGAAAUAAAGGAACUUGAUGAAUUGCUCAGCAAAGGUUGUGUUGAUUGUAUGGAAGCGAAGGCGAGACGAGCAAAUGCUAUAGAGGGUUCAAGAGACUAUUACUUGCGUCCUAUUCCUUUUGAUGUUGUUUAUUCCGAUGUUUGCAUUGUCUAG